AUGCUGGACGAAGACGAGGAGCCGGGGUGGGUUAUCCGGAAAAGACAGAACCUAGCCACCUCGCCCCUUUGUCGAUUGCCACUCGAGCUGCUACUCAUGAUCAAGGCCUACUUGUCACCGACCUCUGUCUUCAUCCUCUGCCAUACAUCUGCCUUCUUCAUCCCUCUACUAGACAAAGGCGUUCUUGAAAAGAAGCCUCUAGUCUACUUUGGCAUCGGAGACGUCCGCAAACUCCUCCAAGGGGAGUACUUCUGCAGAUGGUGCCUUGACCGCCUUGAAGGAGCAUUCCGUCGUCUGCGUAUGCCUCUGUACUGCGAUGGCUGCGGCCUUGAACACCCGGCAUUCCUGUUCCCGCUAGACCAGAGGGCGGAUGGCGAGGACCCUAAGCGGCCGCGCAUGUGCUUUGGCCGGAUAGGCCACAUCCAGCUCUGCGCCCACAAGACUGUCUCGUGGAGCGACGUGGAGAAGGUGAGAGACAGGUCGGGAAACCCCACAAGCAUCGCAUGCACGCACCGAUCCCACCUACCUCUCCGGAGCCAGUGGUGGGCCGGCAUGCUGCCUACCAACCUACGGCCUCGGGGCGCCUUCGAGAGCCGCGGCAACCUCCCGACAGUUAAAAGUCAGACGGUCCGCCAGCUUCUCGCCCCCAUACCCCAACCUCAUGAGGAUUACCCUCUCGUCAAGAUCGCCGGCCCGCUCUUUGGCUACCGGCUCUGCCCCCACGUCCACGACGACUAUGACAAGGCCCCGUUCCGGGCCCCUGCCUCCGACACGUGCCCGUGCGUCCCGGGGCCAGCCGCCACCUCUCACGAUGACGACAACCCCUCGCAUUGCUGCCUCUACCGCGAGUUUAUAUGUCCCGUAUGCCGCGGCGUCUAUACCUGGCGCCGGGAAGGCGGCCGAGUCUCCCUCUCGUUCACGUGGAGCAGACUCGUGUCGGACCGCCCGACCAGCCGGAACUGGCUGAGGGCGCUUGCACCGGAGUAUUUUUCGGCCUGGGGCCGGGGUCACUGGAUGAGGAUCUGUGGUGCCAGCAUGAGUUCUGCCAUACGAAUAAGCGCUGGGAGGCCUUUCUGGAGGAAAUGA